UGAAGAUUUAGUGGGGGGGGGGGGGUGUCAAAAAGAGGCAGCAAAGGUGGUGUGUGGCAUUUCGACCGCUUUUUCAACAGGUAUUUUAUUUUCAACAGCUUUGCUAGUUGCCAGUUGUACAGCUUAAGCUCAUCCCAAUAAAACAAUGUCUGCACUCAUGCUAGAGUGAAUGUAGUCCUCUAAUACUUUUUUAUGCCGAUGCACCAGUUUUUUCCUUUAAAAGUCCCACAGUGCACUACUUUGAAAUGGGCACUCAUUGGACCAUAGGAGCUACUCCACUGAAGUUAUGUGAGCAACUCAUAGGCGCUUUAUGAAUUGCAGGGUGCCUAAGAGCAAUAAUACGAGGGCAAUAAUAUGCCUCCACGUGACUUGUCUUUCCCCUAUUAGUUAUUAAACUGAUGUGCGUGAUAAAAGUACCAACAGUCAACUGAAAUUGCCUCUCUUGUAGAGCACUAGGGGACUUGUAGUUAGUAAAACAGCUGUUACUGUCACUGUUGCUUUAAUUGGCAUUAGACCUCCUGCAGAGCACUAUGGGACUCGAAUAAAGUAGCUGUUUGCUACAGAUGAGUGGAUCAGAUGAUAUCAUGCACCUCACUUCAGUGCUUUCUGUGUGGGAUGAGAAGAUGAAUGUGUUUAUUAGGGUCAUUAAAAGUUAUUUCACAGUCUGUCAUAAAUGUUGCCUGUUUCAACAGUGACAAAGGUUGAUUAAGAACUAGAAAUUCACUGCCCCACUCUUCUGAAGGUUGUAGUAAAUGUGAGCAGGUCUGUACUUUGACUCAUCUUGUACCAGGGAUAAAGAGGGAGUUAUUUAUUUCAGUUUUUUUUACAGAAAGAACGGAGAGGAGCAAAGGAGGAAUGAAACAACUCCUGUUGAAGAGUGUCCAUUCUGUGUGAGGAGUUUCCACUCGUCCAGUGUGAAAGAGAGUAUCUGGAACCCCCAGCACAAACUGAGAUCUCCUGAAAAUGAAGGGGGGUCAGUCAGAGUGUCUGUGUUUACUUCUGCUGCUCCUCCAACAGACCUCUGUCUCCAGACCAGAAAAGUUCCAGGUUUUUGGUUCAGCUGAUCCUGUUGUUGCUGAAGUUGGUGAAGAUGUUGUUCUGCCCUGUUACCUUAAACCCAACAUCAGUGUCGAAGACAUGCGUGUGGAGUGGUUCAGAGUUGACUCCAGUGAUUACGUGCAUCUUUACCAGGAACGAGAGAUUAGAAAUGAGAACCAGAUCUCAUCUUACAGAAGGAGGACUGCACUGUUCCCAGAGGAACUGAAGCAAGGCAAUGCUUCCCUUAGACUGACCAGAGUACAAGCCUCUGAUGAGGGACAGUAUAAAUGUUUCAUUAAGUUCACUCAGUUGCAGUAUGACGAUGCUCCUGUUGAAGUGGAAAUAAGAGGAACUGAGCCAGUGAUCUCCAUGGAGGGACACAGAGAAUGGGGGAUCGGCCUGCUGUGUGAAGCUAAAAGAUGGGAUCUUCAGCCUGAACUCAUCUGGCUGGACAGUGAGGGACACAGUCUCCCUGCUGGACCUACAGAGACACACAGAGGCAGUAUGGACUCCUUGAUUGUGAGAAAACGCAUCGUCAUACAGGACAGACACACGAAGAGGGUCACCUGUCGAGUUCAAUUGCAGCAACGUAGCUUGGAGAAGGACACUGAGUUUCACAUAACAGCUGAGAUGUUCCCUCUUGCCCCUUGGGAGGUGGCCUUAGCUGUGAUUUUCUCUCUGGCUGCUUUUGCCCUCAUUGGAUCUUGUAUUUAUUACUACUACAGAACACUGCGCAGAGAACAACACAGACAGGAAGAGGAGCUUGGCCAGCUAAUGCAGCGGGGUUCCCAAAACCAAAAUGAGCACUCUCCACUGAUGAAUGAAUCCAUUAUAAGAGUGCAACAGAAACUGAAAAAUGACCUGAAGAAGAAGUUUGAGUGCAUACCUAAAGGUUUAGCUAAGCAGGGCCACUCAACCCUCCUCAGUGAGGUCUAUACAGAGCUCUACAUCACAGAGGGGGGAAAUAAUGGGUUAGCAUCCAAGAGGCAAAUUAUACAUGAGACAGAAAUCCUCUGCAAUGACAUAUUUAAACCUUCAUCUGGUCAACGCAAAACUAUCAGAACUGUGAUGACAAAGGGGACUGCCGGCAUUGGAAAAACUGUCUCUGUGCAGAAAUUUACUCUUGACUGGGCAGAAGGAAAAGCCAAUCAGGACAUCCAUUUCAUUUUCCCUCUUUCUUUUCGAGAUCUGAAUUUGAAGAAGGGGAGAAAAUUCAGUCUGAUGCAACUUCUCCUGCGCUACUUUCCAGAACUGAAAGAGAUUGAAGGUGCUGAACAUGAUGCAGUCAAAGUUUUGUUCAUCUUUGAUGGUCUGAAUGAGUGUUGGCUUCCUCUAGAUUUCCAGAACAAUGAAAUCUGGUGUGAUAUAACAAAGCCAACAUCAGUGGAUGUGCUGCUGACAAACCUAAUAAACGGGAAUCUGUUUCCCUCUGCUUUCGUCUGGAUCACCUCCCGACCAGCUGCAGCUAAUCAGAUCCCUGAUAAAUGUGUCCAUCGGGUGACAGAGAUACGAGGGUUCAAUGACCCACAGAAGGAGGAGUACUUCAGGAAGAAAAUCAGUGAUCAGAACAUGGCCAAGAGAAUUAUCUCACACAUAAAGUCAUCUAGGAGUCUCUACAUCAUGUGUCACAUUCCAGUCUUCUGUUGGAUUUCUGCUACUGUUCUGGAGAAACAGGUAAUUGGAGCUAACACUAGAGAAAUCCCAAAAACUCUGACUGAAAUGUACACACACUUCCUACUUAUUCUGAGUAACAUAAAAAAUCAGAAGGAUCAGGAAAGAAAUGGGACGGGUUCACAAACAAAACUGGACUCAGAUACAGAAAUCAUCCUGAAAGUGGCAGAGCUGGCUUUUCAGCAGCUGGAAAAGUGCAAUCUGAUAUUCUGUAAACAGGACUUGAAAAAGUGUGGCAUUGAUAUCAAUGAAGCUCCAGUGUACUCUGGGUUGUGUACAGAAAUCUUUAAAGAGGAGUCUGGGUUGAAUCAGGAGAAAGUGUACUGCUUUGUGGAUGUGAGCAUUCAGGAGUAUCUGGCUGCAUUUUAUGUGUUUCAUUCAUUUGUAAAUCAGAACAUAAAUGUGCUUACUUCAGAUGAAUCAAGACCACAAGGUAACAAUAUGCAGCCGUCUGACUUACACAAGAGUGCAGUGGAUCAGGCCUUACAGAGUAAGAAUGGACACCUGGACCUUUUCCUACGAUUCCUUCUUGGCUUCUCACUGGACUCCAAUCAGAGGCUUCUCCAAGGCCUUCUCACACAGACAGAUAGCAGAUCACAGAGCAUCGAAGAAACAGUAAAGUACAUUAAGGGGAAGAUCAGAGCGGAAUCUUCAGCAGAGAGGACCAUCAAUCUGUUCCACUGUCUGAGUGAACUGAAAGACAACUCUCUGGUGGAGCAAAUCCAGAAUUCCCUGAGAUCAGGAGCACUUUCUGAUAAAGAGCUGGAACCAGACCAGUGUUCAGCUCUGGCCUUUGUGUUACUGAUGUCAGAGGAGGUCCUGGAUGUGUUUGAAUUGAAGAUGUACAACACAUCAGCAGCAGGUCAUCAGAGACUGGUGCCAGUUGUUAAGAACUGCAGGAAAGCAGUGCUGGAUAGCUGCAAACUCACACAGAGGUCAUGGGACAUUGUGGUGUCUGCUCUUGAGUCAGUCCCCUCACACCUGAUAGAGUUAGACCUCAGCUACAAUAACCUGGAAGAAUCAAGAGUGGAACAGCUCUGUGCUGGACUGAAGAGUCCAAACUGUAAACUACAGAGCCUGAGACUGGCCAGCUGUGAUCUCACAGAGAAGUCAAGUGUUACUGCGGCCUCCGCUCUCCAGUCAGUCCCCUCAAACCUGAUAGAGCUGGACCUCAGCUGCAACAGCCUGGGAGAUUCAGGAGUGGAGCGGCUCUGUGCUGGACUGAAGAGUCCUAACUGUAAACUACAGAGACUGAGACUGGACAGCUGUGAUCUCACAGAGAAGUCAUGUGACACUGUGGCCUCCGCUCUCCAGUCAGUCCCCUCACACCUGAUAGAGCUGGACCUCAGCUACAAUAACCUGGGAGAUUCAGGAGUGAAGCAGCUGUGUGCUGGACUGGAGAGUCCAAACUGUAAAUUACAAAGUCUGGGGCUUUCGGGCUGUCGAGUCACAGAGAGAGGCUGUGCUGCUCUGGCUUCAGCUCUUCAUUCAACCCCCUCACACUUGACAGAGCUGGAUCUGAGCUUCAAUCACCUAGGGGACCUAGGAGUGAAAGAGCUCUCUGCUGGACUGGACAACCCCAUCUGUAAACUGGAGACACUGCUUUUGGGGGAGUGUAAUCUCACAGAGGGCUGCUGUCAUUAUCUGGCCUCAGUCCUGAGUUCACCCACCUCAGAGCUGAGAGAUCUGGAGCUCACAGACAACGAGCUGCAGGAUUCAGGAGUGGAGUUGCUCUCUGCUGCACUGAAGGACCCACACUGUAAACUGCAGAGACUGGGGCUGUCAGGCUGUCGAGUCACAGAGAAAGGCUGUGUUUCUCUGGCUUCAGCUCUGCAUUCAAACCCCUCACACCUGAGGGAGCUGGAUCUGAGCUACAAUCACCCAGGGGACUCAGGAGUGAGAGCACUGAAGGACCCCAGCUGUAAACUGGAGACACUGCUUGUGGACCAUGGAGGAGAGAACAAGAACAGAUCAGGACCCAGAAAAUAUGCCUGUCAGCUGACGCUGGAUCUUAACACAGCACACAAUUACCUGUGUCUGUCUGAGGGGGACAGGAAGGUGACACGGGGGAUGGAGGAGCAGCCAUAUUCAUAUCACCAAGAGAGAUUUGGCUUCUGGUCCCAGGUGCUGUGCAGAGAGGGUCUGUCUGGUACUCGCUGCUACUGGGAGGCUGAGUGGAGCGGGACUGGAUUGGUUCUUGUAGCAGUAACAUACAAAGGCAUUAGCAGGAAAGGAGGGGGUACUGACUGUAGAUUUGGAGGGAAUAUAAACUCCUGGAGUCUGGACUGCUCUGGUGGCCAUUGUGCUGUCUGGCACAAUAAUAAGAGCGCAGCCGUACCUGCCCCCUCCUCCUGCAGAGUAGGAGUGUAUCUGGACUGGCCGGCUGGCACUCUGUCCUUCUACAGCGUCUCCUCUGACACACUGACCCUCCUGCACAGAUUCCACACCACCUUCACUCAACCCCUCUAUCCUGGGUUUGAGGUUUGGCAGGAGAAUGACUCUGUGUCCCUGUGCCAGAUGACAUAGAGUCCUGUACCACGCACACACACACACACGCACACACACACACACACACACACACACACACACAUUCACAUACC